CAUGGUUACACAACAAUUUUAAGUCUCUGAUGUUCACAUUUCUUUAUGACUAUGAACAGGUUCCUUCUGACUUAUAUAUGUUUGAACAAAGCUAAAACUUCAGUCAACUUCAGUGUAUGCAUGACCCAAUCGUUUUCUACGUGUACCUAGACAAGGCUACUAUUCCCAAUCGGAGAUUUUGUACCUAUCUCUUGACACCAACAGCAGGUACCCGGGUAGGGUCAGGUAAGAGGGGUGUGGGUACCUGGGUAGUAAAUUUGGACUCGUCCCAGGCCUAACACACAUAUUGUUUUUAUUUUGGUGUUUGGAUGUGCAGCACUAGUUUCAAACUGGUGGCUUCCAUGCCAGACUAUACUUAGAAAUAUAUUUUGAUAAAGUUCUCAUUUGAAAUGUGAAAACUCGACAAAGGAAGACCCUGGAAUGUCUAAAAGAUGGCCGGGAUGUUCGAUCACAGGACUCAUCAUACAUAAAGAUGUUACCAUGCCUGGUGCUCAGGAUUAAAGGGAGUUGGAGUCAGUAUACAGUGUAUCAAUGUUGAACUGCAACAUAAUAUCUCAGUGGGCUAGUAUUAUAAAUCAUGUAUUAGUCUGGACUAGUACAAGCAGCCACACACAUUCACAUGUGCAUGCACAUAGCUAUAUGAGUGCAAUAACUUUGAGCACAAUGUUAAACCCCGUUUCACCUUACUCAAUAGGACCUUAGUCAGCACAGGCAGGUAUCCACACUGGUUCAAGUUUUGUUCACAUGGCAAUAUCAAGACUCAGCCCCACCUGGUGGCAGGCAUGAAACCUUUUUUUACCUAUGCAAGUUGUUUCCAUUUGCUUUUGACUUUGAAUCAAAGUGUAAUCUAAUUUGUCUUAAACAAAACAUAACUGACUCAUCGAGUUGGAGGGUCCCACGGUCAAGUCGUCUAAGGUGCCCAAGUUAGCAGUGAAGAGUUGCAUUCCUCUAGCAUGCCAGAAACCAAUUAUCAUAGGUUCGAAUAUUGGUUUGCCCUGAUUUUGUUUCUAGGUUCGUCAGCACCAUACCCAAUAUCCCGUGGGUUUCACCAAAGCAUCACUCUGGGCUUUACUCCCACAUCAAGAUAACAGGCUGUGAUAAAAAAACAACAACUGAAAUACUGUUAAAAGCAGCGUUAAACCCAACUCACUCACUCAACGUGGUUGUCCCAUUGUGAUACAGCUGAAAUAUUGCGGAGAGUAACAUGAAACGACAAACACCAACAUACUAGUUCAGGAAAAACGGCAGCGGUGUCAUUACAAAUUCUUCAUACCCCUCCCUAAUAUACUUUACAUCAUGUGGGGUAGCCUAGUGGUUAAAGCCUUUAGUUGUCAUGCCGAAGACCUGAGUUCACUUCCCGACAUUGGUACAAUGUUUGAAGCCCAUUUCUGGUGUUCCUCGCUGUGAUAUUGCUUGAAUAUUGCUAAAAGCGGGGUGAAACCAUACUCACUCAUGUCAUGUCAUUAAUUGUUCUUUAAAAUGUUUUCUAUUUGAGAGAAUAAUUGCAUCAGUUUUUGAGGCACGAUUUGUUGUUUGGAGUCCGUUAAUUUUUUAUGGAUGUCAAGUCCAUUGGCAUUUUCAACAAAUUAAUCACAUUGUGUAUUUGAAACAUGGGCUCAAAUAUAUAUUCGUGUUUGAAUCAAAUCAAUUGAUUCCUUUUUUUCUUUGACAAACUGUGAUAAAUCUUGUCCCCAAAGGUUAUUUGAUCACAAACACAGAAUAAUAAGAACCAGAUAACAGACAUACUGAAAAGAAUACUGCCUGUGAGUCUUGUCCACACUGUCCGGAGACCGUGAGGGCGCCCAACAGUCAAGACGCGACCCUGUUUUGUACUAAUCAACUUGGUUGGGUGAAGCAGAAAGGCUUGGAGAACAGAGUUACUUCCCUUUGGGUUUUCCCCAAAUCCGGAAGUGUCAUAACUUCUCCGAAAUACAGACGCGAGCAAGAUCAGGUUUUUUUCGGAAUAAAUUUCAAAACAAAUGAUCGAUUCAUGUCUUGGAGAUAUCAUGACUAAUUUUUAUAAAUGUAACCCUACAAUGUAGGACUGAUAAGAAGCGAAAACUGAUUAAAGUAACAUUAACUGGUUCGAUAAGAGAAAAUGCGAAAGCGAAAAUAGGAUUUUGAGUCUUAGUGAGAAGCGUACUGUCCGCUAGUCUUCUUUUCAUUACACACAAAUAUGGCCGCUGAAGACAGUUUUGAGUUAUUCUCAAACGACUCGCCAUUCAGCCUUCAAUAUGCAGCUCCAUUCGCCAUACAGGGGAAAACGUUCAACUGUGUUCUACAGUAUGUUAUGUAUCGGAAGGCAGAUUUAUUCAAGGACAAGGAACAGACGAUCGAUAUCAUGGGAACAAACGAUCUAAAACAAAUAGAACGCUAUGGAAAUAAUAUCCGCAACGUUGAUACACACACUUGGAACAAGGAAAGGAUUAAAGUUGCUGAACUCGCCCUCCAGGAAAAGUUCACACAGAAUCCUGACUUGAAGGAACAGCUGCUUGCUACAUUCCCAAGAACACUGGUGUAUGCCACUACUAAAGACAGGUUCUGGAGUAUUGGUCUGUCUGAGCAAAACCGUAAAGCUUGGGUCAUGAAGGAGUGGAAAGGAGAUAACGUACUUGGUUUUACUCUUACUAAAAUCAGGGACAAACUGAUGGAGAACAGGUUGGAGGAGGGUGGCGAUGGUCAAGAUCAAAGGGUAGAGGGACAGGUGAGCCGAGAUAGCAUGAGACAGGAUGGGAUAGGGAACAGCCAUGUAGAAGAGGGACAGGUGAGCCGGGAUAACAUGAGACAGGGUGGAGGGGGGAACAGCAUCGGGGCCGGGGAACAAGCGAGCUGGGAUAGCAAGAGACAGCAUGGAAUAGGGAACAGCCAUGUUGUAAAGGCACACACGAGUCUGGAUAGCAAAAGACAGGGUGGGAUAGAGAACAGCCAUGUGGUAGAGGGUCAGGUGAGCCGAGAUAGCGUGAGGCAUGGUACAAUAGGGAACAGCCAUAAGACAGAGGGACAGUUGAGUCGGGAUAGCUUGAGGCAGGGUGGGAUAGGGAACAGCCAUGGGUUACAGGGACAGGCGAACCGUGAUCGCAAGAGGCACGGUAGGAAAGGGAACAGCCACCGGGCAGGGGGAGACACGGUCCGGGAUAGCAUGAGCCAGGAUGGGGGAGGGAACAGCCAUGUGGUAGAGGGACACGCGAGCCGGGGAAGCUUGAGACAAGGUGGGGGAGGGGCGAGCCAAAGGACGGAGGGGAAGACGAGCCGGGCAUACCAGGAGCAGGGUGGGGAUUCGAAAGACCGCGGGGUAGAAGGGCCCACGUCCCAGAGUAGGUAUAGACAGGGCGUGAAAGGCAAGAACCAAGACUUAGAAAGACCAGCGACCCAUGGAAGUUAUAGGCAGGAUGGUAGAGGUUGGCGAGGGCUAGAGGUGGGUCACAGAGAGAACAACGACGGUUGGGAGGACCAAAAUUGGAGAGAUCGCUCAGAGGUAGAGUGGGAAAAGAGAGGACAACCAGUGACAGAGGCAGGAGAAUACAAAGAGUCAGAAAGGAGGUCGGACUGGCAGAAAGUUACCGAAGAGAUGCCACAAUUAGAAGAAACCGAACCAACGUCUCGUCCAAAACGAAAAAUGACACAAGAGCAAACAGAUUACAACUGGAACAAACAUGGAAGAAGAAACAUGGGUCUAAAACACACCAAAACAUCCUACACAGAAAUGCCUAACCAGGACAAAUUCAUCCUUUUUUUCGGCAACCAAUCGCCAUUCAGCCAACAUCACCCAGCCACCUUCACCAUAGACGGAACAACGUUCAACUGUGCUGAACAGUACAUGAUGUAUCAGAAGACAGUUAUAUUCGAAAACAAAGAAAUGGAACGGAAGAUCAUGGAUACAUCUAACCCUGUGCAACAGAAGCGAUACGGUCGGCAGAUUCCAGAAUUCAAAUUCGAAGUAUGGAAGAAGCACUUCAUAGAGGUCGUUGACCGGGCCACGGAGGCUAAGUUCUCUCAGAAUCCACAUUUGCUGGAACACCUGGUCGCCACGCAUCCUAAGCUGUUGGUGGAGGCGAGUCCAUCCGACCGUUUGUGGGGAAUAGGGCGUGGCCAAAAAGACCCCUUAGCCUGGGACAAGGAAACAUGGCGGGGCAAAAACCAACUGGGCUAUAUAAUUACCCGAGUGAGAGAUAGACUGAUGAAGGUGAAGGACACACACUGGGAGGAAUGGGAGAAGUGGAAGGACGACAAGAGGUGGGAGGAAGAGGAGGCGAGGGAGAAGAGGGAAAAGAGAAGAUGGGAAUUGGAUCCUUACGGAGGACGUCACGAAGAAAGGACUCCUAAAACGAAACGCCAGGGUGACGGGGUGCACGAUGGUAGCAUGAUGCUAAUGAAGGAAGAUGGCAUGACUUCCCAAUCCAGACGUGAAUCUUACAAACAUGUGUCUGGGAAAGAAAAUUUUGAAUUUUUCUGGGGCAUCAAAUCUCCAUUUAGCCAACUUUAUCCUGCCAGUUUCACGAUCAAUGGUCAAACCUUCACCAGUGCUGAACACUUCACACUGUACCAGAUGGCCGUGAUAUUUGAAGACCAGGAAUGUCAGGAGAAAAUCAUGUCAACCAGUGACCCCAGUGAACAGGACCGCUAUACAUAUGACAUCCAGAACUUCCAAUGGAAUGUAUGGGAACAGAAAUGCGUACAAGUUGUUGAACGCGGCAUAAUGGCCAAGUUCACUCAGAAUUCCGAGCUAAGGGGGCAACUGUUCGCCACAUACCCAAAACUGUUAGCUGAGUGUAAGUAUGAUGACGACUACUGGAGUACUGGGUAUGGUCUCGGAUUUGCAAAGAGGAAAUCCAAAGCAUGGGACACAAAUAACUGGAGAGGGGAGAACGUACUGGGCUACACUUUGACUGCUGUGAGGGACAGACUUAUGGAGAAGGAGAAGGGGCAGAAGGGACAGACGGAAUUGGAUGUUGAAGAUGUGAGGCUUCAGGGCACGAUAGAGGGUGAUGGGGCACAUCUUGAUAGGAAGAUUCUUGUGGAGGAAAAAGGCAGAACUGGGAAAGAAGCUGCAGUGGUCGGAGAAAAUGGGGAAAUCCAGCAAGAUGUUAUGACAGAAAAAGAAGAAGCAAAUGUGGAAAUACGAAGAAGUGAUGCGGAUGUUGAAGAAGAUGAAAGCAAACCACAUAAAGAACAGGAUGUGAGGGAGAAUUGGGACAGUGAGAAGGAAGAGGUCACAGUGGGAGGAAGUGAGUUGAGAGACAACGAAGAUGCUGAUACAACAUUGGCUGGUGACAGGAACGUGAUGGAACAGCAUCAGAGAGCAAGGAACAGUAUGGGAGAGGAAGGAAAUAAUGGGUCUGUCCCAUUAGAAGGAGAAGAUGAUGGAACAGAGGAAGAAGGUGUAGUUGGGCUUGACAGUACAGAUUUGGCCGAGGGAAACGUGGCGGAACAACAGAAACUCCAGAAGAGGAUUGGAGAAGAACUAAAAAAGGAGGAAGAGGUCACGUCAUUAGCAGAAGAUGAAUCAUCGACUAAAGAGAAGAAUGAGGAGGAGGGUGAGAGUACUGAGAACGAAGAAGCGGAGAGAUUGGAGAAUGGUUGCAUUGGAGAAGAGGUUACAUUGGUCAAAAGUGAUGUUGCAGAGGAUGAUAACGUAGAUGCGUUAAACAGCACCAAUGAAAGGGCCAUGAACACAGAGGAACAACUGGAAGUAGCAGGGAAGACUGCAGGAGAGGUAGCUACGAUUGAAGAAGACAACAAGGUGGUUCCAGAAACUGAUACACUGGAAGAUGUUGUUGACAGAGUUGGGGAAGGUGGAAAGGAAACACUGGAUCAACAGGAGGGUGUAGGUGAGAGAGUGAAUCAAGAGGAAGAGGUCACACAAGUACCAGAUGAAGAAACAUUUGGGGGAAUGGAGCGCGACGAAAUGGAAAAAUCGGAGAUGCUGGGGACAGAAAAAGAAGUUUUGAGAGAGGCAAUAUCGGUUCCAGAAGGCAUGGAAAGAGAUGCCGAAGGAGGGAGGACGGUUAUGGAGAGGGUGGAGAAGGAAAGUAAUGAUACAGGGAAGGACGUUAAGACAGAGGAAGAGGUAACAUCUCCAGAAGGCACCGAGAGAGAUUGCAAAGGAGGGGUGAAGGCUAGGGAGCGAGUGGAGAAGGAAGGUAAUGAUGCAGGAAAGGAAGUGAAGAGAGAUAAAGAGGUACCGUUUGUGGAGGGAACCAGAGUUGUAGAUGUUGAAACACUGGCAGGGGGAGAAAGAGAUGGGGACGAUACAAAGAAAAAUCCGGAGAAAGUGAAGAGUGAACAGAUUGAUAUGGAUGUGGAAGAUAGCAUGACUUCCCAAUCCAGAUGUGAAUCUUACAGACAUCUAUCUGGGAAAGACAAUUUUGAAUUUUUCGGGGACAUCAAAUCUCCAUUCAGCCAACAUUAUCCUGCCAGUUUCACGAUCGAUGGUCAAACCUUCACCAGUGCUGAACAGUUCACACUGUACCAGAUGGCUGUGAUAUUUGAAGACCAGGAAUGUCAGGAGAAAAUCAUGUCAACCAGUGACCCCAGUGAACAGAACCGCUAUACAUAUGACAUCCAGAACUUCCAGUGGAAUGUAUGGGAACAGAAAUGCGUACAAGUUGUUGAACGCGGCAUCACGGCCAAGUUCACUCAGAAUUCCGAGCUAAGGGGGCAACUGUUCGCCACAUACCCAAAACUGUUAGCUGAGUGUAAGUAUGAUGACGACUACUGGAGUACUGGGUAUGGUCUCGGAUUUGCAAAGAGGAAAUCCAAAGCAUGGGACACAAAUAACUGGAGAGGGGAGAACGUACUGGGCUACACUUUGACUGCUGUGAGGGACAGACUUAUGGAGAUGGAGAAGGGGCAGAAGGGACAGACGGAAUUGGAUGUUGAAGAUGUGAGGCUUCAGGGCACGAUAGAGGGUGAUGGGGCACAUCUUGAUAGGAAGAUUCUUGUGGAGGAAAAAGGCAGAACUGGGAAAGAAGCUGCAGUGGUCGGAGAAAAUGGGGAAAUACAGCAAGAUGUUAUGACAGAAAAAGAAGAAGCAAAUGUGGAAAUACGAAGAAGUGAUGCGGAUGUUGAAGAAGAUGAAAGCAAACCACAUAAAGAACAGGAUGUGAGGGAGAAUUGGGACAGUGAGAAGGAAGAGUUCACAGUGGGAGGAAGUGAGUUGAGAGACAACGAAGAUGCUGAUACCACAUUGGCUGGUGACAGGAACGUGAUGGAACAGUAUCACAGAGCAAGAAACAGUGUGGGAGAGGAAGGAAAUAAUGGGUCUGUCCCUUUAGAAGGAGAAGAUGAUGGAACAGAGGAAGAAGGUGUAGUUGGGCUUGACAGUACAGAGGUGGCCGAGGGAAACGUGGCGGAACAACAGAAACUCCAGAAGAGGAUUGGAGAAGAACUAAAAACGGAGGAAGAGGUCACGUCAUUAGCAGAAGAUGAAUCAUCGACUAAAGAGAAGAAUGAGGAGGAGGGUGAGAGUACUGAGAACGAAGAAGCGGAGAGAUUGGAGAAUGGUUGCAUUGGAGAAGAGGUUACAUUGGUCAAAAGUGAUGUUGCAGAGGAUGAUAACGUAGAUGCGUUAAACAGCACCAAUGAAAGGGCCAUGAACACAGAGGAACAACUGGAAGUAGCAGGGAAGACUGCAGGAGAGGUAGCUACGAUUGAAGAAGACAACAAGGUGGUUCCAGAAACUGAUACACUGGAAGAUGUUGUUGACAGAGUUGGGGAAGGUGGAAGGGAAACACUGGAUCAACAGGAGGGUGUAGGUGAGAGAGUGAAUCAAGAGGAAGAGGUCACACAAGUACCAGAUGAAGAAACAUUUGGGGGAAUGGAGCGCGACGAAAUGGAAAAAUCGGAGAUGGUGGGGACAGAAAAAGAAGUUUUGAGAGAGGCAAUAUCGGUUCCAGAAGGCAUGGAAAGAGAUGCCGAAGGAGGGAGGACGGUUAUGGAGAGGGUGGAGAAGGAAAGUAAUGAUACAGGGAAGGACGUUAAGACAGAGGAAGAGGUAACAUCUCCAGAAGGCACCGAGAGAGAUUGCAAAGGAGGGGUGAAGGCUAGGGAGCGAGUGGAGAAGGAAGGUAAUGAUGCAGGAAAGGAAGUGAAGAGAGAUAAAGAGGUACCGUUUGUGGAGGGAACCAGUGUUGUAGAUGUUGAAACAUUGGCAGGGGGAGAAAGAGAUGGGGACGAUACAAAGAAAGAUCCGGAGAAAGUGAAGAGUGAACAGAUUGAUAUGGAUGUGGAAGAUAGCAUGUCUUCCCAAUCCAGAUGUGAAUCUUACAGACAUGUGUCUGGGAAAGACAAUUUUGAAUUUUUCGGGGGCAUCAAAUCUCCAUUCAGCCAACAUUAUCCUGCCAGUUUCACGAUCGAUGGUCAAACCUUCACCAGUGCUGAACACUUCACACUGUACCAGAUGGCUGUGAUAUUUGAAGACCAGGAAUGUCAGGAGAAAAUCAUGUCAACCAGUGACCCCAGUGAACAGGACCGCUAUACAUAUGACAUCCAGAACUUCCAGUGGAAUGUAUGGGAACAGAAAUGCGUACAAGUUGUUGAACGCGGCAUCACGGCCAAGUUCACUCAGAAUUCCGAGCUAAGGGGGCAACUGUUCGCCACAUACCCAAAACUGUUAGCUGAGUGUAAGUAUGAUGACGACUACUGGAGUACUGGGUAUGGUCUCGGAUUUGCAAAGAGGAAAUCCAAAGCAUGGGACACAAAUAACUGGAGAGGGGAGAACGUACUGGGCUACACUUUGACUGCUGUGAGGGACAGACUUAUGGAGAUGGAGAAGGGGCAGAAGGGACAGACGGAAUUGGAUGUUGAAGAUGUGAGGCUUCAGGGCACGAUAGAGGGUGAUGGGGCACAUCUUGAUAGGAAGAUUCUUGUGGAGGAAAAAGGCAGAACUGGGAAAGAAGCUGCAGUGGUCGGAGAAAAUGGGGAAAUACAGCAAGAUGUUAUGACAGAAAAAGAAGAAGCAAAUGUGGAAAUACGAAGAAGUGAUGCGGAUGUUGAAGAAGAUGAAAGCAAACCACAUAAAGAACAGGAUGUGAGGGAGAAUUGGGACAGUGAGAAGGAAGAGUUCACAGUGGGAGGAAGUGAGUUGAGAGACAACGAAGAUGCUGAUACCACAUUGGCUGGUGACAGGAACGUGAUGGAACAGUAUCACAGAGCAAGAAACAGUGUGGGAGAGGAAGGAAAUAAUGGGUCUGUCCCUUUAGAAGGAGAAGAUGAUGGAACAGAGGAAGAAGGUGUAGUUGGGCUUGACAGUACAGAGGUGGCCGAGGGAAACGUGGCGGAACAACAGAAACUCCAGAAGAGGAUUGGAGAAGAACUAAAAAAGGAGGAAGAGGUCACGUCAUUAGCAGAAGAUGAAUCAUCGACUAAAGAGAAGAAUGAGGAGGAGGGUGAGAGUACUGAGAACGAAGAAGCGGAGAGAUUGGAGAAUGGUUGCAUUGGAGAAGAGGUUACAUUGGUCAAAAGUGAUGUUGCAGAGGAUGAUAACGUAGAUGCGUUAAACAGCACCAAUGAAAGGGCCAUGAACACAGAGGAACAACUGGAAGUAGCAGGGAAGACUGCAGGAGAGGUAGCUACGAUUGAAGAAGACAACAAGGUGGUUCCAGAAACUGAUACACUGGAAGAUGUUGUUGACAGAGUUGGGGAAGGUGGAAGGGAAACACUGGAUCAACAGGAGGGUGUAGGUGAGAGAGUGAAUCAAGAGGAAGAGGUCACACAAGUACCAGAUGAAGAAACAUUUGGGGGAAUGGAGCGCGACGAAAUGGAAAAAUCGGAGAUGGUGGGGACAGAAAAAGAAGUUUUGAGAGAGGCAAUAUCGGUUCCAGAAGGCAUGGAAAGAGAUGCCGAAGGAGGGAGGACGGUUAUGGAGAGGGUGGAGAAGGAAAGUAAUGAUACAGGGAAGGACGUUAAGACAGAGGAAGAGGUAACAUCUCCAGAAGGCACCGAGAGAGAUUGCAAAGGAGGGGUGAAGGCUAGGGAGCGAGUGGAGAAGGAAGGUAAUGAUGCAGGAAAGGAAGUGAAGAGAGAUAAAGAGGUACCGUUUGUGGAGGGAACCAGUGUUGUAGAUGUUGAAACAUUGGCAGGGGGAGAAAGAGAUGGGGACGAUACAAAGAAAGAUCCGGAGAAAGUGAAGAGUGAACAGAUUGAUAUGGAUGUGGAAGAUAGCAUGUCUUCCCAAUCCAGAUGUGAAUCUUACAGACAUGUGUCUGGGAAAGACAAUUUUGAAUUUUUCGGGGGCAUCAAAUCUCCAUUCAGCCAACAUUAUCCUGCCAGUUUCACGAUCGAUGGUCAAACCUUCACCAGUGCUGAACACUUCACACUGUACCAGAUGGCUGUGAUAUUUGAAGACCAGGAAUGUCAGGAGAAAAUCAUGUCAACCAGUGACCCCAGUGAACAGGACCGCUAUACAUAUGACAUCCAGAACUUCCAGUGGAAUGUAUGGGAACAGAAAUGCGUACAAGUUGUUGAACGCGGCAUCACGGCCAAGUUCACUCAGAAUUCCGAGCUAAGGGGGCAACUGUUCGCCACAUACCCAAAACUGUUAGCUGAGUGUAAGUAUGAUGACGACUACUGGAGUACUGGGUAUGGUCUCGGAUUUGCAAAGAGGAAAUCCAAAGCAUGGGACACAAAUAACUGGAGAGGGGAGAACGUACUGGGCUACACUUUGACUGCUGUGAGGGACAGACUUAUGGAGAUGGAGAAGGGGCAGAAGGGACAGACGGAAUUGGAUGUUGAAGAUGUGAGGCUUCAGGGCACGAUAGAGGGUGAUGGGGCACAUCUUGAUAGGAAGAUUCUUGUGGAGGAAAAAGGCAGAACUGGGAAAGAAGCUGCAGUGGUCGGAGAAAAUGGGGAAAUACAGCAAGAUGUUAUGACAGAAAAAGAAGAAGCAAAUGUGGAAAUACGAAGAAGUGAUGCGGAUGUUGAAGAAGAUGAAAGCAAACCACAUAAAGAACAGGAUGUGAGGGAGAAUUGGGACAGUGAGAAGGAAGAGUUCACAGUGGGAGGAAGUGAGUUGAGAGACAACGAAGAUGCUGAUACCACAUUGGCUGGUGACAGGAACGUGAUGGAACAGUAUCACAGAGCAAGAAACAGUGUGGGAGAGGAAGGAAAUAAUGGGUCUGUCCCAUUAGAAGGAGAAGAUGAUGGAACAGAGGAAGAAGGUGUAGUUGGGCUUGACAGUACAGAGGUGGCCGAGGGAAACGUGGCGGAACAACAGAAACUCCAGAAGAGGAUUGGAGAAGAACUAAAAAAGGAGGAAGAGGUCACGUCAUUAGCAGAAGAUGAAUCAUCGACUAAAGAGAAGAAUGAGGAGGAGGGUGAGAGUACUGAGAACGAAGAAGCGGAGAGAUUGGAGAAUGGUUGCAUUGGAGAAGAGGUUACAUUGGUCAAAAGUGAUGUUGCAGAGGAUGAUAACGUAGAUGCGUUAAACAGCACCAAUGAAAGGGCCAUGAACACAGAGGAACAACUGGAAGUAGCAGGGAAGACUGCAGGAGAGGUAGCUACGAUUGAAGAAGACAACAAGGUGGUUCCAGAAACUGAUACACUGGAAGAUGUUGUUGACAGAGUUGGGGAAGGUGGAAGGGAAACACUGGAUCAACAGGAGGGUGUAGGUGAAAGAGUGAAUCAAGAGGAAGAGGUCACACAUGUACCAGAUGAAGAAACAUUUGGGGGAAUGGAGCGCGACGAAAUGGAAAAAUCGGAGAUGGUGGGGACAGAAAAAGAAGUUUUGAGAGAGGCAAUAUCGGUUCCAGAAGGCAUGGAAAGAGAUGCCGAAGGAGGGAGGACGGUUAUGGAGAGGGUGGAGAAGGAAAGUAAUGAUACAGGGAAGGACGUUAAGACAGAGGAAGAGGUAACAUCUCCAGAAGGCACCGAGAGAGAUUGCAAAGGAGGGGUGAAGGCUAGGGAGCGAGUGGAGAAGGAAGGUAAUGAUGCAGGAAAGGAAGUGAAGAGAGAUAAAGAGGUACCGUUUGUGGAGGGAACCAGUGUUGUAGAUGUUAAAACAUUGGCAGGGGGAGAAAGAGAUGGGGACGAUACAAAGAAAGAUCCGGAGAAAGUGAAGAGUGAACAGAUUGAUAUGGAUGUGGAAGAUAGCAUGUCUUCCCAAUCCAGAUGUGAAUCUUACAGACAUGUGUCUGGGAAAGACAAUUUUGAAUUUUUCGGGGGCAUCAAAUCUCCAUUCAGCCAACAUUAUCCUGCCAGUUUCACGAUCGAUGGUCAAACCUUCACCAGUGCUGAACACUUCACACUGUACCAGAUGGCUGUGAUAUUUGAAGACCAGGAAUGUCAGGAGAAAAUCAUGUCAACCAGUGACCCCAGUGAACAGGACCGCUAUACAUAUGACAUCCAGAACUUCCAGUGGAAUGUAUGGGAACAGAAAUGCGUACAAGUUGUUGAACGCGGCAUCACGGCCAAGUUCACUCAGAAUUCCGAGCUAAGGGGGCAACUGUUCGCCACAUACCCAAAACUGUUAGCUGAGUGUAAGUAUGAUGACGACUACUGGAGUACUGGGUAUGGUCUCGGAUUUGCAAAGAGGAAAUCCAAAGCAUGGGACACAAAUAACUGGAGAGGGGAGAACGUACUGGGCUACACUUUGACUGCUGUGAGGGACAGACUUAUGGAGAUGGAGAAGGGGCAGAAGGGACAGACGGAAUUGGAUGUUGAAGAUGUGAGGCUUCAGGGCACGAUAGAGGGUGAUGGGGCACAUCUUGAUAGGAAGAUUCUUGUGGAGGAAAAAGGCAGAACUGGGAAAGAAGCUGCAGUGGUCGGAGAAAAUGGGGAAAUACAGCAAGAUGUUAUGACAGAAAAAGAAGAAGCAAAUGUGGAAAUACGAAGAAGUGAUGCGGAUGUUGAAGAAGAUGAAAGCAAACCACAUAAAGAACAGGAUGUGAGGGAGAAUUGGGACAGUGAGAAGGAAGAGUUCACAGUGGGAGGAAGUGAGUUGAGAGACAACGAAGAUGCUGAUACCACAUUGGCUGGUGACAGGAACGUGAUGGAACAGUAUCACAGAGCAAGAAACAGUGUGGGAGAGGAAGGAAAUAAUGGGUCUGUCCCAUUAGAAGGAGAAGAUGAUGGAACAGAGGAAGAAGGUGUAGUUGGGCUUGACAGUACAGAGGUGGCCGAGGGAAACGUGGCGGAACAACAGAAACUCCAGAAGAGGAUUGGAGAAGAACUAAAAAAGGAGGAAGAGGUCACGUCAUUAGCAGAAGAUGAAUCAUCGACUAAAGAGAAGAAUGAGGAGGAGGGUGAGAGUACUGAGAACGAAGAAGCGGAGAGAUUGGAGAAUGGUUGCAUUGGAGAAGAGGUUACAUUGGUCAAAAGUGAUGUAGCAGAGGAUGAUAACGUAGAUGCGUUAAACAGCACCAAUGAAAGGGCCAUGAACACAGAGGAACAACUGGAAGUAGCAGGGAAGACUGCAGGAGAGGUAGCUACGAUUGAAGAAGACAACAAGGUGGUUCCAGAAACUGAUACACUGGAAGAUGUUGUUGACAGAGUUGGGGAAGGUGGAAGGGAAACACUGGAUCAACAGGCGGGUGUAGGUGAGAGAGUGAAUCAAGAGGAAGAGGUCACACAAGUACCAGAUGAAGAAACAUUUGGGGGAAUGGAGCGCGAUGAAAUGGAAAAAUCGGAGAUGCUGGGGACAGAAAAAGAAGUUUUGAGAGAGGCAAUAUCGGUUCCAGAAGGCAUGGAAAGAGAUGCCGAAGGAGGGAGGACGGUUAUGGAGAGGGUGGAGAAGGAAAGUAAUGAUACAGGGAAGGACGUUAAGACAGAGGAAGAGGUAACAUCUCCAGAAGGCACCGAGAGAGAUUGCAAAGGAGGGGUGAAGGCUAGGGAGCGAGUGGAGAAGGAAGGUAAUGAUGCAGGAAAGGAAGUGAAGAGAGAUAAAGAGGUACCGUUUGUGGAGGGAACCAGUGUUGUAGAUGUUGAAACAUUGGCAGGGGGAGAAAGAGAUGGGGACGAUACAAAGAAAGAUCCGGAGAAAGUGAAGAGUGAACAGAUUGAUAUGGAUGUGGAAGAUAGCAUGUCUUCCCAAUCCAGAUGUGAAUCUUACAGACAUGUGUCUGGGAAAGACAAUUUUGAAUUUUUCGGGGGCAUCAAAUCUCCAUUCAGCCAACAUUAUCCUGCCAGUUUCACGAUCGAUGGUCAAACCUUCACCAGUGCUGAACACUUCACACUGUACCAGAUGGCUGUGAUAUUUGAAGACCAGGAAUGUCAGGAGAAAAUCAUGUCAACCAGUGACCCCAGUGAACAGGACCGCUAUACAUAUGACAUCCAGAACUUCCAGUGGAAUGUAUGGGAACAGAAAUGCGUACAAGUUGUUGAACGCGGCAUCACGGCCAAGUUCACUCAGAAUUCCGAGCUAAGGGGGCAACUGUUCGCCACAUACCCAAAACUGUUAGCUGAGUGUAAGUAUGAUGACGACUACUGGAGUACUGGGUAUGGUCUCGGAUUUGCAAAGAGGAAAUCCAAAGCAUGGGACACAAAUAACUGGAGAGGGGAGAACGUACUGGGCUACACUUUGACUGCUGUGAGGGACAGACUUAUGGAGAUGGAGAAGGGGCAGAAGGGACAGACGGAAUUGGAUGUUGAAGAUGUGAGGCUUCAGGGCACGAUAGAGGGUGAUGGGGCACAUCUUGAUAGGAAGAUUCUUGUGGAGGAAAAAGGCAGAACUGGGAAAGAAGCUGCAGUGGUCGGAGAAAAUGGGGAAAUCCAGCAAGAUGUUAUGACAGAAAAAGAAGAAGCAAAUGUGGAAAUACGAAGAAGUGAUGCGGAUGUUGAAGAAGAUGAAAGCAAACCACAUAAAGAACAGGAUGUGAGGGAGAAUUGGGACAGUGAGAAGGAAGAGUUCACAGUGGGAGGAAGUGAGUUGAGAGACAACGAAGAUGCUGAUACCACAUUGGCUGGUGACAGGAACGUGAUGGAACAGUAUCACAGAGCAAGAAACAGUGUGGGAGAGGAAGGAAAUAAUGGGUCUGUCCCAUUAGAAGGAGAAGAUGAUGGAACAGAGGAAGAAGGUGUAGUUGGGCUUGACAGUACAGAGGUGGCCGAGGGAAACGUGGCGGAACAACAGAAACUCCAGAAGAGGAUUGGAGAAGAACUAAAAAAGGAGGAAGAGGUCACGUCAUUAGCAGAAGAUGAAUCAUCGACUAAAGAGAAGAAUGAGGAGGAGGGUGAGAGUACUGAGAACGAAGAAGUGGAGAGAUUGGAGAAUGGUUGCAUUGGAGAAGAGGUUACAUUGGUCAAAAGUGAUGUUGCAGAGGAUGAUAACGUAGAUGCGUUAAACAGCACCAAUGAAAGGGCCAUGAACACAGAGGAACAACUGGAAGUAGCAGGGAAGACUGCAGGAGAGGUAGCUACGAUUGAAGAAGACAACAAGGUGGUUCCAGAAACUGAUACACUGGAAGAUGUUGUUGACAGAGUUGGGGAAGGUGGAAGGGAAACACUGGAUCAACAGGAGGGUGUAGGUGAGAGAGUGAAUCAAGAGGAAGAGGUCACACAAGUACCAGAUGAAGAAACAUUUGGGGGAAUGGAGCGCGACGAAAUGGAAAAAUCGGAGAUGGUGGGGACAGAAAAAGAAGUUUUGAGAGAGGCAAUAUCGGUUCCAGAAGGCAUGGAAAGAGAUGCCGAAGGAGGGAGGACGGUUAUGGAGACGGUGGAGAAGGAAAGUAAUGAUACAGGGAAGGACGUUAAGACAGAGGAAGAGGUAACAUCUCCAGAAGGCACCGAGAGAGAUUGCAAAGGAGGGGUGAAGGCUAGGGAGCGAGUGGAGAAGGAAGGUAAUGAUGCAGGAAAGGAAGUGAAGAGAGAUAAAGAGGUACCGUUUGUGGAGGGAACCAGUGUUGUAGAUGUUGAAACAUUGGCAGGGGGAGAAAGAGAUGGGGACCAUACAAAGAAAGAUCCGGAGAAAGUGAAGAGUGAACAGAUUGAUAUGGAUGAGGAAGAUGUUGGUGUUGAAGAUGCAGGUGAAGAUAUGAAGAAAUUGAACGAUGCAGGAAAGGAAGUGAAGAAUGGAGAAGACGUCAUGUUGGUACCAGAAGACAAUGUGAUCGAAAGACAGUGUGAGGGUGAGAGAAAGGAUCCAGAUCGGGAGGCAUGGGCAGAUGAUGCUUUGGAUGAAGUGAAGACAGAGAAACGAAUGCCAGAAGCAAAAACAUUAUUUGAAGAAGAACGCGAUGGUGAAGGUCGGAGUGGAGAUGAAGAGGAGGUGGAGAAAGUGGAUACUGGUGAUGGGGAAGAUGUGAAGACAGAGGAAGAGGUCCACAUAACAGAAGAUAAAAGCGUGAUGGAAACAGACGAAGGAGGGAAGAAGGACCUAGAGCUGGUGGAGAAAGGGGAAGAUGAGGGCACAGGGAAGGAGCCCACUACGGUGGGGGAAGAAUUUGAUGCAAGGAAUGAAGGUAAUAUCAGGGGAGAAUAUGAGAGAAAGGCUACAGUCCAACAGAAAAAGAUGAGUGAUAGUGCAGAGUCAGCUGAUUUAGAGGAAGACACAGGAGGCGAACAAGACGUGAUGAAGGAAGGAGAAGGAAGAGAUGGGAUGGAACAAGAGGAAAGAGAGAAGACUGGAGAUGUAUAUACUGAGCUAGCAACCGUUGUUGGGACCGAAAGAAAUCCACAGACAGACAAAGUAGAGGAAGAAAUCGAUAUAAUAGACCCACGAGGGCCAAACAAAGGACUCACGGGGGAAGCAGAUGAAAAUGUCAUGACAGAAGAAGUAAAAGCAAAAGUACAGAAAAGAUAACGUCAAGAGAUGUGAAGAGGGUCGUGGAGAGGAGAAGUUUCUUUGUGCCUGAAUGGGGCAUAUUGGUGACAGAGUUAGCGAAGAAAGGCGAAGGUUGUGAAAUACAUGUAGCUUUGUUUAUAUAUCAAAGGAAGACAUUCGGUUUUUGGGCUGACUUUGUGAAAGUGUGUGAUACGUUGACAUGGCAGUAGAACAACGUGUGCGGCAUACACCAUCAACCGAUACCCAAAGGCUGGAAGACCUAAAGUAUCACGUGACUUAAACACGUCACAGUGAAGUUCCCUAUCUGCACAAGACAGUUAAGACAUGUGUACAGACAUCCAGUAGUGCUAAAAAGGCACGAUUAUAAAAGCCUCGUUUUAGAAUGAGCCGCACUUGGAAAGAGCGCUUGAUGGCUACCUUUAUUGUGCCAAGACCAGGAUGACUUCUGAACAGUUUGCUUGAUUGUAAAUACCAAAUCAGACGUCGAGAAUUCGUAAGCUCAUUCAAAUAAAGCAUGUUUAUUCCUGAUAAACAUGUAGAGAUGUGACCAAGACGAUUGCGUCCAGUAAACAUUAUCCCGAGUCUGGUAAAAAUCCUAAAUGCAAGUACGUCAGAACUUUAUUAACUUUUCCAUCAAACUUACCAUUUUCCUGGCAUGGUAUCUCAGAUAGGUUACAUUGUUCAUAAUAGGAAAUAGUAGGUUGUCGACGAACCGCUCGUCGCUCGUCCCGACGUCGCUCAGUAUAUCGAGGACCAUGUGUUCCUCUGUAAAACGAGUACAGAAACAACACUGCUACUGUAGAGACUACAGACAAAUGUGUAUACUGGGCCACUUCGUGUUUGCUAAAGCUGCAGUCACACAGACAAUGUGACCGCGAGGCAACCUGUUAGCGACUGGUUUCCUUUGCGACCGACUGGCGAUCGCUGAGACCGGUGCAACUACUUCUGCCCAUAUUUGAAAUUAGGGUAUGAUCGCCGAUCAAUCAGCGAUAGGUUUUGCAACUUGUCAGUGAUUGAUCGGCAACUGUUCACCGCAGACACGGCGAAAUGUUUGCAACUGGUUGAGACCGAUCGGUGACUAGUAAGCGAAUCUUCGGUGACUUGUUGUAACUGGACGGGGACUGGUCGGUGACUAGUUGUCCAUCGAUCACCGAUCUAAACAUAAUGCAUAUAAAAAGGGUGCUUUUCUGAAUCAAUACAUUUCUUUGCAUUUUGUCACCGAUGACGCACCGGUCGAUCACCUUCCUCAUCAUUGAUCAGUCACCGGGAGGUCGCCACUAGGUUGCAAAGAAUCAACACCCUUGUGUAGACGAAACCGAUCGCCGCACAGUGGAAACCAAUCUUUUAUUAAAAUGACACCACUUGGGGACCUCCAGGAGACCGAUGAAACCUCCGAGCGACCAAAUCGGCCGCAGCCAUUCUUUUGUGCAUGUUCAAAAGACUGGUUGCGACCCAAUGAGUUUUGCGACCGCUCUGAAACCUUGUAUCGACCUCAGUGAAACCUUUCAGAGACCCCUGAAACCUCAUUGCGAUUGUCAAAUAUUUUGGUCGCCAGGAGGUUGCAUCGCGGUCGCAUUGUCUGUGUGACUGAGGCUUAAGUGACUUGUUUUUGUAACGUCAGCUCUAAACUUCUACAAGUCGUUCAAAUGUGUAACUGUCAACGUGAUAAAUAUUAAGGGCGUUCCACAACGUUUGAGUUAAUUUGAUUGCUGCAAUCAGAUUAUCAGCUUUGUCAUAAUGUAUAUACAGCAUAAUCAUGUACAUCGAAGUCCUUGGGACUAUAAAAAUAGAUUGAGUGUCGAUACUAAGCAGCUACUGCUUGUACGGGGACCAUCAAAUUACAUCAUUCUAAAAUAUGCAAUUGUAGUGUAUCGACUUAAUGGAGUCUUUUUACUGAAAUGGUUUUCGACAAUUCUUUGAGAUAACUAUUACAUUCUGAUAAAAGGCUCCUAUAAAAAUGCAUGAACUUCCAAUACAACUAUAUUUGGCCAAAUCACGUGAGUCAUUUUCAUGUGCGAUUGCGUGAAAUGUAAAUAUACAACGUGAACGCCAGAGAAUAACCAGUGACACGCCGACGCCAGUCUCGAUCAUCCGCCGAAACUGAUUCCAUUGUGCGUAAGGCAAGAUAGCGGUGAAGAUUAUAUGAAUGGAUCACUAAAAUUCAGUGAUGACACUAGGUGUUCGAGAAGACUAAAUGUAUUACUUAGCUCCGGUUUCAAAUCUGUCGUCGUUCUUCCGAUCACUCCGGGAUUUACCGGAAGUCUCUCAUCAAGAUCCAGCAGCGUUCAUUUUGAUAUACUCACGCACAUAAAUGACGGAACAAAGCUUUCAAAUUCAGAAGGGAAUUUAACAAUUUAAGAACAAUAUAUUUUUGGCAUUUAAUAUUGUUGUUACAAAGAAAAUCAAGUAAUUCUGUCUUUGUAACAUAACUUUAAUUACACACAUUAGAAUAGACGUAAACGAAAUCAUUGUAAUAUGUCGUAGUUUCGCCGUCACUUUCUUCAAGAGACUAGGUUCCGAUCACGAAGCGACCUUAGGCCUCCGACUGUCGUAAAUCUUUGUUGAACAGUCUGAGCUACGGUGGUCGUAACGCUACGAUUACUUUGUGAACAGGGACCCUGAAAUUUGCUCGGCAGGCAAACUCACCAGUUAUUCAAACCCGUUUUCGGGGAGAAUAUCCACUCAACCGUGACCUCCAAGAGACCACGUGAUACAUCAAGCGUGGGUCACCAAAAUCGUUUUUUCUCCACUGGUUGAGUUUGUAUUGCUCUUGUUAUGAAGUAACCAGUAUUCGCAUGUUAUUUUCUGGUACAGCAUUACGUCCAUGUACUGUUGUAAACGACAGAUUUGUUACCAUAUCUGCCUUCAUUUCAUUCUUUGCAUAAUAUUUCAUAUGUGACGAAAACCAACCCUUGAAGUCCUUACCAAAUAAUGAGUAGUUAUGUAGUUAGGUAGUUGAACUUCUCUUGUGGUGAAAGUAUUAUUUAUGUAAUAAAAAUGUACAGUCUGCCUUUUUGUUGCUAUUAAAUAAGAGAAAUUGAACAUGCAA